GCUCCGUCGAUUAGCGUGCUUACCUCAGUGAUGUGUUGAGGAUGAGACAGCAAACCUCCGCAUGAAGCCGUUUCACCGUCUGUACCGCGAAUAGAGGCGAGAUACAGCCGUCAGACACGAAUAAACCGCCGUGUGGGAUCAUUUCUGUGGAUACUGAGCGAAUAAAAGCGUUCUGAGGUGAUGACUGUUUAUGAUUUAUACACCGGCAUUGAGCUGCAGCUGAUGUGUGUCACACAGAUCAGUGUGUGAACUUGUGUAAAUAUAUCAGGAGUAAUGAUGAUAAUGGACAUAGUUUGUGUUUUAAAGACCGAACAGUUAACCAGCAGGCGCUUUUAAUGUGCUAACCGGGAGCUAGCUGUCGUUAGUCUGCUGUGAGGGCGACAUUAUUGAUUAUAAGUAUUGAUUUAUCAUAAGCAGUGCAGUAGGACGUGUCAAACUCGUGCUUUUGUCAAUGGGGACUAUAAGUGAUUUACUAACGACGUCAUCGCACAGACUCUAGUGUAUUUCCCAGACACAUCCCUACACUGUAUUUACCAUAUUUACAUCCUUAUCAAGAGUGAAUUUCACCACAUGCAUCACUCAAACUCUCCCGGUGAGACGCCCUCCAGCAGGAGGAUGUCCCACCCAUCUGUGUUCGCUGGCCGCAGGGGCAGUAACCCCACCAGUGGUGCCACGGUCAGUAUUAACUGCCCUGUUGCCCCAGCCGAAGACCAUCAGACCGCAGGGAUGAUGCCCCACGCGGCCCCCACCGGCUCUUCAUCCCCUGGACCGCAUCACCCACCCCACAGCCUCAACAUCCACCCUCAGGGUCAGACCGUUGGGGCACAGGUCAAAAAGAAGAGUGGCUUUCAGAUCACAAGCGUCCUGCCCGCGCAGGUGUCCGCCAGCGCUAAUAACAGCAUUGCGGACGAUACCGAGAGUUACGAUGACAUGGACGAGUCCCACACGGAGGACCUCUCCUCAUCCGACAUCCUCGAUGUGUCCGUUUCUCGAGCCACGGACACUGGCAUUCCCGAGAGGAGUUCUUCCGAAGAAACGCUAAAUAGUUUGCAUGGAGGUGAGACUCCUGGGGUUGCGUCGCCCAAUGAACCGGUCUUGCAUCACCCGCAGCAGGGGUACAUGGCCAAUGGAGUCCAUCACCAUGCUCCUCAUCAUCAUCAUCAGCCUCAUGGACAUCACAAGGAGCAAGGGACUCGUCCUGCGGCAGCCACCCAAGUGAGACCUACGUCAUUGGCGUCUACGGGCGGCGUCACGGCCCAGUCAAGUGGACGAUCGACCCAAGCUGCUGUUGUGGAUGGUGGUGGAACCGCAGCAGUAAGUCACCCUGCAGCUUCAACAGGAAGUGUUCUGCGUUCUGCAACAGAGAUUGGAGGUGGAUCAGGGCCCACAGGAAGUGCAUCGGUUGCGGUGACAGUUCCACCUGCACAGCUACCACCACCAAUACCAACUACGACCCAAACUCAGACGACUGCAGCUGCCACAGCAUCUCGUUUCAGGGUGGUCAAACUCGAUUCCAACUCAGAGCCGUUUCGAAAGGGCCGCUGGAUGUGUGCAGAGUAUUAUGAGAAAGACGCCCCUUCUGGAGACACAACAGUAGCCGCUCACAGAACUGUGGAGACCAUCAUUCAGUCUGAACAUGAGACCACGAGUGGCAGUUCUUCUGGAAGCACUCUCAGUGGUGGUGGAGACGUCCAACAGACAUAUGCAACACACACCGCUCUUCCCCCUCAAGACCUGAAUGCUCACGCGAUACUUCAGCCCGCUGUUGCCCCCUCUAUCAACCCCCACGUAGUUACUCAGACAGGUAUGAUGGGCACUGAGAGUUCAUCUGCCCCCGUUAGACCCCAACAGCCGGUAUCCUACACCGUAGAGGGCCAAAUACCCCAAAUGCAGAGCAGCUACCCCACUAAUGCGAAACCCGCCUUGUCUGUUACCCAGAGUGGAAUGCCACCAAUGGAAUAUGCCCAAAUGCCCACAGCUCAACCUCUCCAGAUUCCUCCAAUUCAAACUGCGGUGUCGCCCCGAGCGGCUCCAGCUCCCAUUGGCAUACCAGGACUUCCAGUAGUUCCUCAGUCCGCAUCUUCAAGACCGCAGGUUCCCGCCCCUCAGAUGGGCACUGUCACCCCGGCCCAACUGCACCCAGAACAGCAGCAACCUGCACCUCAGCAGUCUUCAUCCACAACUUCAGUUCCAUCUGGAUCUAACAUGCCUUCAUCUGCAGGAGCGCAGUCACUGUUGCAUGGAGCUGCGAUACUGGGCCGCCCCGCAGUACUGGGUCAACAGGGUGCACAGCUUCCCCCGUCAGGUGUCUCCUACAGUGGCAUGAGUGCUGUGACGGCCUCACAGCUGGAAGAUGCCCAGCGCCUGCUGUUACAGCAUCACCCGCUGCUCGCUCUGCCACGACUGGCUGCAGGAGGAAUGACUGGACAGGCCGCAACUGAUGCAGGUGCUGCUCUGGGACAAGAUGUCAGUGCUGCAGCUGUCUUGACUGGUGCAGAUGACGACAGUUCAUCAGGAGCCAGUGUGGUCGCCAUAGACAACAAAAUCGAGCAAGCCAUGGACCUGGUGAAGAGUCACCUGAUGUAUGCGGUGCGUGAGGAGGUGGAGGUGUUGAAGGAGCAGAUAAAGGAGCUGAUUGAGAGGAACUCUCAGCUGGAACAGGAGAACACGCUACUGAAGAACCUGGCCAGCCCUGAACAGCUCGCUCAGUUCCAGCAGGAGGUCCAGACGGCCUCACCGACCUCUGGAGGUCAGACCGGACCCUUCACACAGAGCCAGGGUCCCGGCCCGACCGCUUAACUACCUCUCCAUGAGCGACUCGCUCCGGACGACGAGACACAACCUGACGAAGACUAAACGAUACUGUGAAGAGUCUCUGACACAGUAAACAUGCUUUACCAGAGCUUUACCUGCCUCAGACAAUCACUACUGACCAGGGUGGGACACAUGGUGGGACACAUGUGACUUCCUGUGCAAUCUGGGCUUGACCAAUCACACCGCGCAUACCGAACAGGACCCUCAUUUCAAGUGUUGUCACGAUCAGCAGGAAUCGGUGAUGUGAAAUCAUGCUGCUGUUGCCACAUUCUCCUGUUUGUUUGUUUGUUUUUAUAUAUAUAUAUCUCAUAUGAAGUUUCAGUAUGCUUUGAUAUUUUUGUUACUGGUUUUAUUUCUUUUGUUUUUGUUGUUUGUUUUCUCCUCUAGCUGUAUGACAUUAAAAAUAAUGAGCACUUUGUAGUGGACACUUAUCAAUAAGACAACAAUAUGGGGAGCAACUCAUCUGGAACGAGAGAAUCUGAAUUGAAACCAGUUUCUGUGUCCCUUUAUGAUGUGGGAAGGGGUUAAUAGUUAUGGCACAGUGUUAAACCCUUGAUAGUGUACUUGUAUAAACUCAUGAGGUGGGAUAUAAAGUGAAUGGACUGUGGAACAGUUACUUUUAUGUCAUGAAGUUUCAGAGUGGAAUCACACUAAAGGGUCUAUAUAUUCAUACGGUCUAUUUUUCUUUGUGUACAAAUACAUGUUUCGCUGAAGAGCUGAGCGCGUGUUUGUUAUCUGGACAAACAGAUGUCCAGUGAACAGAUGAAUGAAUCAAACACUCAGAAUCAUCAGAGUUCUGCUCAUAUCAAGUUCUUGGAACGGGACUUUUCAUCAUCAGCUUUGCCUUACAGUCCAUCACUCACGACAUCACUGCUCAAUGUGUCGGUCAUUAUGACCCCAAUAAGUGUCAGUUCUGACCGUACCAUUUUGUGCAUGUUUCCUUCAAUGUGAUGUCAUACAGUUGCACUAAACAGUUGCACAUUGACUUUAAUAAAACGAAACAGAAAUGAAAACUCAUGUCCUGUAGUGUUAUUUGAGUCAUGUUGUAGUCACGACUGUAAACAAACCCAAAGAUUAUCAGGCCACUUCUAUUCAAAUUAAUGAGGGGAACUGGAACAGCCGACGGAUGUAGAAAGCAAGCCCGCCUUACAGUAGGGCUGCACAAUUUGGUCAAAAAGUCAUAUUGUAAUUAUUUUGAAAAAUACUGCAAUUGCAAUUUGACCUGUGAUUAUGAUAGACAAAAUAUAUGGUAAUAUUUUUCACAUGUUCAACUGCCAAAAGGCUGCCGGUUUUUCACACAUGCGUCCUCUUAAAAACAACCAAACAGACCUUUUUUUCAAUUCACCCACAAACAAACAUUUAAACAGUGAAACAAAGAAAAACACUGUCUUCAUAUUCAAAUUGUAUUAGUACAAUGACAUCUUGGCAGUGCUGGGGCUUGAACCCUUAACCUUCUGGGCAGUAACCACUGAGUCACCACUGACCCUUUAGCGUUACCAUUUACACUGAGCAAGGCCCUUGAUCCUAUCUGCUCCAGGGGCGCUAUAUCAUGGCUGACCCCGCACUCUGACCCCAGCUUAGCUGGGAUAUGCGGAACAAAAGACUGUAUAACAUGAAUGCUCAAUUAGAUUUCAUUAUUUUGCAAAGACAACAGAUGUUGCUGGCCUUGUCAGUCUGGAACACAUGUGAGCAGAAAUCCCUCCAUGAACAUGGCUUCCAUCAGAAUUGUGCAGCUGCUGUGAGCAGCAGUAAACUAGGGGCGGGGCUAGAAGGGUGGCACAGGGUGGAAGCUGCCACCCUAAAAAUGAGCUAUGCCACCCCAAGUCGGACCCUGCUCACAUACUAAAGACGGUGAGUAAUGGCUUAACCCGUCCGUGUCACGCAUGGUCCAUAACAUUCCAGCACCCAAACAUCUCCAUUAAUGUCAAACUGAAGUGGAACUGAUGACCCAUUGGUGUAAUUAACCUUAAGGUGAAAGUUUUGGAUAGUUUCAUUUUGUUAUUUGUAUUCAUUAUUUUAUUAUAUUUAAUUUAACAAUCCAUUAUAUUAUAGUAUCCAGAAAUGUAAUAUAGAUUUAUUAUAUGUACGUACCUUCCUUUUCAUUUUGUUGGAUGUUGGUAAUAUUAGAUCCGCUUUCACUUGUUACAGCUGGGAGUGUCAUAAGGGCGACACACUCUCUCCUGAAGUAAACAACUGACUGGAGAAUAGAGGAAGAGCUCAUGUUUCACUCUACAGGUGCUACUGUUAAUGCUGUUUGCUCAGUAAUCAUUUAAUA